AAAAACCCUCAUCAUUGUGCUAGGCAGCAGAAGAUCCUCUGUCUGGCUCCUACUACAAGGAUAUUCAGAAGUGGGAGCCGCAGCUGUGUUCAUUUAUUUAUUUCUGGAACCCAAGUAUGCCAAUUUGACCUCAGAGAAUGGAACUACGAGUAGCAAGCAUUCUUCUUCUUUUCGUCGCCUUGACGGCGGCUCAUGGCGAGAGAUAUGUUAUCAAGAAGGCAAUAAAGGCUCAACCCCAGUACCAGCCAUACAAAGGCCAGGUGGUGCCUGCAGCUGGAGAACCUGGCAUCCCUGGUGAGCCAGGACCAGCUGGACCUCCUGGACCCCCUGGACCCCCAGGAGAAUAUGGAGAAGGACUGCCUGGGCCACAGGGACCACCUGGACCACCCGGACCUGCUGGCUACUCUGCACCUGGCAAACCUGGCUCUCCAGGUGGACCUGGCAAACCUGGGGCCACCGGUGCACCUGGACCAAAAGGAGACUCUGGUGCAACUGGUCCUCAAGGUCCCAGGGGCAUGCCUGGCCCUUCUGGUAGCCCAGGACCCCAAGGUUUCUCUGCCCCCGGCAAACCCGGACCAGCAGGUCUUCCAGGAUCAGCUGGACCAAGGGGAGAGCCAGGUGCUAAAGGACAUCCAGGUUACCCUGGUGCACAAGGGCAGAAAGGAGAGAGAGGCAUUGGUGUUCAGGGACCUCCUGGUGAGUCCGGCCCAACAGGUGCGACAGGUGCUCCAGGGAAGCCCGGUGAGCCUGGCAUUGGAAGACCUGGCCAAACUGGAUCUCCUGGUGAGCCAGGAAAACCAGGCUCACCUGGUCGCGAUGGGGAGCGUGGACCAACAGGAUUGACAGGUCCAAAAGGUCAUACCGGAGCUCCAGGCAUUGGAAUGGCUGGCAAGCCAGGUGAAAAUGGUGCCCCAGGUUUGCCUGGCCCUACUGGCCCCAAAGGUCCACAAGGAGCAACUGGUGCACCCGGUACUCCUGGUUCUCCAGGUUAUGGCAAACCAGGUGAAAAUGGUGCAAAAGGUGAAAGGGGACCAUCAGGUCUCCCAGGUGCAGUAGGCCCAAAAGGUGAGCCAGGUGCUAAAGGGCAUACUGGAUAUCCAGGUGCUACAGGCCCUGCAGGCCCAGCUGGUGCUCAGGGUGCAAGGGGUUUGCCAGGUGAGAGGGGAGCAACAGGAGAUAAGGGUCACCCAGGUCCAAUGGGAGCUCCAGGGCAAAAGGGACAUAGGGGAGAGCAGGGACCACAGGGGGUUGAAGGCAAGCAAGGUUAUGCAGGGCCAACAGGCCCAGCAGGUCCAAGAGGAGCUACAGGUGCUCCAGGUAGCAAAGGGGAAAUUGGCCACACUGGUGCUCCUGGUGCCCCCGGAGCAUCUGGUCCUGCAGGACCAAAGGGUCUUCAAGGACAUUCUGGUCCAGCAGGUGAAAGGGGAGAGACAGGUGCUCCUGGCCCAAGAGGCGCUGUUGGCCCUGCAGGUCCUGCUGGUCCUACAGGCCUUAAAGGUCACCCUGGUCUUCCUGGUACUCCUGGCCCCGCAGGUUUGGCUGCAAAGGGAAUUCCUGGACCUCAGGGUCCUCCUGGACUUCCCGGAGUCGAUGGGUCUUCUGGACUCCCAGGUCCUGCUGGACCUCCUGGCCCACCUGGUCCCCCUGGUGAGAUUGUUUAUGAGAAGGGUCAUGUUGAAUCAGAGUUCCCAGUCCUUGUCAAGAGUCCAGUGUCUGCAUUCACUGCUACAACUGUGACACCUUAUCCCCCAUCUGGUACCCCAAUUAAGUUUGAUCAGAUUGUGUACAAUGCAGAGCAGCAUUAUGAUCCUGAGACAGGUCUGUUCACCUGCCAGAUUCCAGGAAUUUACUACUUCUCCUACAACGUGCAUGUAAAUGGUGCUAAUGCCUUGGUGGCGCUUUAUAAAAACAGCGAUCCAGUUCUGUUCACCUAUGAUGAGUACAACAAGGGUUUCCUGGACCAGAUGUCUGGCAGUGCCGUCCUUCAGCUCAAUGAGCAGGACACCGUUUAUGUCCAGAUCCCCGAUGAUGAGGCUAAUGGUGUUUUUGCUGCUGAUAAUGUCCAUUGCUCCUUCACUGGGUUCCUGAUCGCCUCCACGUGAUAAGGUGAUCGAACCACAUCACUAAAAGCAUCACUAUUUCUCAAACAAAUAUCCUGUUUUGCAAUCAACGAUGCAAAACAGACUGUGCUCUUGUUCUGAGAAAUCCAAGCAUAUCAACUUGAAAAUUCCAAGCAAAUGGUGCCAACAAAAAAAAAAGAAGUAAUUUAUGUAACAAGUUAUCAGGGAUAGAAAGUUCAAUCCUUACAAAUGAAAUAUUUUCUGUGUGGCGAGAGCAUGUGAAGUUGUGUCCUGAUAAUUUCAUGUCUUUUCAUCAUAUGUUUUGUUUGUCUUAUGUGUCUGAUUCGUUUUUGCUUUUCUUUGUUUGUGUUUUUGUAUUGAUUUUACCAAUCACAGUGGUUCAUUCGAAUCUGUGUGUCUUUUCUUUACUUUUAUUGAUGACAUUAUAUCAGUACUGAUUAAACAGAGAAUGCUGUUGCUGACAUCCCUAUACCUGACUUGAAUAUUGUGAAAUGGUGAAAAUGAUCGAAAACUCACAUGCAAAUAAACAUCUAUAAAUGUUA